GACUGUUGUGACGUUCGGGGAGGACAUUGUUAAAGACACCUGUCCCUAUAGAAACCACAGACAUUCAUUCCCUCAAUAUAAGAUGACUUAUCCACUUAAAGAUGCGCUGCGGGGUGUCUUCCUGGCGGCCCUUCUUACGAUGCUGUUUCACGUCGCAAUCUCAGAUGUAGAUGAAUGUGCGGAGGGGAGUGACAACUGUGCCCAAGUCUGCACUAACACAGAGGGCAGUUUUACCUGCUCCUGUUGGGAGGGGUACACACUGCACGAUAACGGCUGGUUCUGUCAUGGCCCGAAGGUGGAUCUGUAUGUGGAGAUGCAGUAUCCCAGAGUUGACGUGACGCGUACAGAUCACACGGAAACCCUUUGCAGGCCUUCCUUGGGGGAUCUGACAUUGAUCAAUGGCUACCAUGUCGGCAUCAAGUUGGACACAGGUUACGGCACCAGCAUAGAUUACCUAACGGACGGAGUUCACUACAGCAGUAUCGGUCACACAGACAGUAGAUACGGGCUCAGGCUGUUUGACGACGCCGGGAACUUUCGAGUCAACGCCUUCUCCUCUUACUUCCACCCGAAUUCGUUCUCUGUCACGGUCAACAUCAACGAAAACGCGACGCUGUCCAUGUUUGAGUACAACCCGCCCCCUGGCGGCCACGACGGUACUACAGAGUGGAGGAAGGACGGCUCAGUGCUUCCCGGGACCUACACGGAUUGCGACCUGGCCAUUGUGAAUGUUCAGAUGUCGGACGAGGGCCUGUACGAGUGUUACUACACGGGCAGGUACAGCGACCGCAAGCAAGGCAUCAUGAGGCUCAUCGUUAGAGAAUGUCCUGAAGGCAAGUGGGGCCCUCCAGCCUGUACCUCCACGUGUGAAGAGUGUAACAACGGCGGAGUCUGUGAUGACGAGACGGGACAGUGCAUCUGUGCGCCUGGGUUCGGUGGCUUGCACUGCGACUUAGGCUGCUCUGUUGGUUAUUUCGGAGACUCGUGUAUCAGCCGCUGUGCCCGCGGUACCUGUCAGUACAAGAUCGUCUGCGGCCCGGACCCGCUAGGCUGCCGGUGUAUAGCGGGAUACAAAGGAUCGAACUGCAACGCACAAUGUUCGUACGGCACGUACGGAUCGGACUGCCUGCAGACGUGCCACUGCGCUUCUGGGAUCUAUGUGUGCAGCAGGUACACCGGCGUGUGCAGCAGCGGCGGGUGUGAAGCGGGGUGGGAGGGCACCAUGUGCCACAUAGACGUAGACGAGUGCAGCCUGGGUACUGACGACUGUGCGCAGGUGUGUGAGAACGUCCCGGGAAGCUUCACGUGUUCCUGUUGGGCUGGGUACGUCAUGGACAGCGGCACAUAUGUUGAUGAGUGCAGUUUGGACAUAGACAACUGUGAGCACACCUGUCACAACCACAUCGGUAACUACACCUGCUCCUGUGAUGUGGGCUACUCUCUGGCGAGCAAUGGUUGGAACUGUACAGGUGCGUUACCAGACUUUACGAACAAAUUGAAGUGA